UAAAUAAAAUCACUUCCUUUUUCAUCCAACUCCGUCCUCCGUAGCUCCGUCGCGAACACCAACCAAACACCGCAAGAUUCAUCCUUUCAGAAUCGGAGCCUUGACUACAUAAAAGGAAUUCACUUCUUUUUUUCCCCUUUUCCAUAACAAACCCAAACAAUCUUAAUUAUCAUUCUUUUUCUUUUCAUAUUUAAUUCCAAACUGAUCCUAACAUAUAAGGUCAGUGAUGUUAACGCCAUUACUUUUUUGCAGUUACUGAGAUUUCCUUUCGUAACUGUAUUUAUAAUUGGAUUCUAUUUCAUUCAAAAAUUAAAUAAAAUAUUAUCCCAACCCUAAACCCUUUCUUCCAGUUGUAGAAAACACUUAACACGUGAUGAUUAAUUAACAGCUAUUAGUUUUGGAUUCAUUGUAUUGUUCCUCUUCAAUCUCUAUAUCAAUGCUGUUUUUCGAAUGGAAAUUGGUUACUUUGCGGUUAAACCUAUCGUUUUAGCUGCUCCACAAUCUUCAACUCAAACCAUUUCAGAGGGUGUUUUUCGAACAUGGAUUCGAAGAAGUGCAAACCCUCUACUGGUGGUGCAUCUUCGACGAGUGUUGUACCUUUGAGUGUUCAAAAUCAGGAGGAUGUGAUGGUACGGUCCCUUAUGGAUAUGGAAGCUGUCAAGACUGAUGUGGAUAUAGACCUCCGGGAAGUUUACUUUUUAAUCAUGCAUUUUUUGUCUGCCGGGCCAUGCCAGAGGUCUUUUGCUCAGCUCAGGAAUGAACUUUUAGAGCAUCGGCUUCUACCUAGAAGAUAUCAUGCUUGGUUUUCAAGAAGUGGUGAGCCUGGUGAAGAUGAUGCUGGCGAUGAUGAUGGCAUCUCUUUACCUUUACACUACGGCAAUUUAGCAGACAGAUAUCCUCACGUAGCUAAGGAUCACCUGGUAAAGCUUCUGAAGCAGUUAAUGCUGAGUACAGCCUAUUCUUUGAGUGGAAAAUGUGGAGGAAGUAGUCCUAAUGCAGCGGAUGUUCCCACUUUACUUGGAGAUGGUUCAUUUUCCCUUAUUGAUAUUGAUAGAAAAACGACUGCAAAGCAGGUGAAGUCCCCUCUACUUUACCUGCGUUGGCCACAUCUGAAGGCUAAUCAGGUUCAGGGGCUAAGUUUAAGGGAAAUUGGAGGUGGUUUUACGAAGCACCAUCGUGCUCCAGCUAUUCGCAGUGCAUGUUAUGCUAUUGCCAGACCAUCUACUAUGGUGGAAAGGAUGCAAAAUAUUAAAAAGCUAAGGGGGCACCGAGUGGCUGUCUAUUGUGCCAUAUUCGAUGGAUCAGGGCGAUAUAUUAUCAGUGGUUCAGAUGAUCGUCUCGUCAAGAUUUGGUCUAUGGAAACUGCAUUUUGUUUGGCUAGUUGUCGUGGACAUGAAGGUGACAUUACUGACUUGGCAGUAAGCUCAAACAAUGCUUUGGUGGCAUCUGCUUCAAAUGAUUUUGUUAUUCGAGUUUGGCGCUUACCUGAUGGGAUGCCAAUAUCAGUUUUACGUGGACAUACUGGAGCUGUGAAUACUAUUGCGUUUAGUCCCAGGCCCACUGCUUUAUACCAUCUGCUAUCGUCAUCAGAUGAUGGAACUUGUAGAAUAUGGGAUGCAAGAAAUUCACAAAAUUCACGCAUUUACGUACCACGACCUUCAGAUGCUAUAACUGGGAAGGGAAAUGCUCCACCAGCUAACCUAUCGUCUUCAAGUAAUGCUCAACGAGGCCUUCAAAUCCUUUGUUGUGCAUAUAAUGCAAAUGGAACUGUUUUUGUUACUGGUAGCUCUGAUACUUUUGCCAGGGUAUGGAGUGCUUUAAAGCCUAACACCGAUGACUCAGAGCUACCAAUACAUGAGAUGGAUUUAUUAUCUGGUCAUGAGAAUGAUGUUAAUUAUGUACAGUUCAGUGGUUGCGCCGUGGCUUCGAAAAUUUGGACAUCUGAUUCUUGGAAAGAAGAAAAUACACUGAAGUUUAGAAAUUUCUGGUAUUGUCAUGAUAACAUAGUUACAUGCUCUCGUGAUGGAAGUGCAAUUAUAUGGGUUCCCAGAUCACGUAGAUCUCAUGGAAAAGUAGGACGUUGGAUUCGUGCAUAUCAUUUAAAAGUGCCACCACCUCCCCUGCCUCCUCAACCUCCACGAGGGGGCCCGAGGCAGAGAUUUCUACCUACUCCUCGCGGUGUUAAUAUGAUUGUGUGGAGUCUGGACAAUCGCUUUGUACUGGCAGCUAUUAUGGAUUGCAGAAUAUGCGUUUGGAAUGCAGUUGAUGGCAGCUUAGUGCACUCUUUGACCGGUCAUACUGAAUCUUCUUAUGUUUUGGAUGUUCAUCCUUUCAACCCUCGGAUAGCUAUGAGUGCUGGGUAUGAUGGCCGAACCAUUGUGUGGGAUAUAUGGGAGGGCAUACCUAUUCGAACAUAUGAAAUUGGACGCUUUAGGUUGGUUGAUGGAAAGUUUUCUCCGGAUGGAACAUCAAUCGUACUUUCAGAUGAUGUUGGACAGAUAUAUUUUCUGAGUACAGGUCAAGGCGAUUCCCAGAAGGAUGCAAAAUAUGACCAGUUUUUCCUUGGUGAUUAUCGACCCCUCAUUCAGGAUACUCAGGGAAAUGUUCUUGAUCAGGAAACUCAACUUCCACCGCACCGAAGAAACAUUCAGGAACCUCUAUGUGAUUCUAGUAUGGUGCCAUAUCCAGAACCUUAUCAGAGUCAAUUCCAGCAACGUCGUCUCGGUGCUCUUGGCAUUGAAUGGCGUCCUUCAUUGAUAAAAAAAUAUGCUGUCGGUCUAGAUUUUAGUGUUGGUCAGGAUUACCAGGAGAUACCUUUGGUUGAUUUGGAAGGAAUGCUUGAGCCACAACCAGAGUUUAUGGAUGCCUUGUUAUGGGAGCCAGAAUAUGAAAUUGUAAGUGAUGAUAAUGACUCUGAAUACAAUGUGAACGAGGAUAACUCUAGUGCUGCAGAGCAAGGGACUGUUAGUGCCAUAUCUUCUAGUGAUCUAGAAUACAGCGAAGGUGACUCUAGUAAUAGGGAUGGUCGUAGAAGAUCAACAAGGAAGAAACAUAAUGUUGGAGGUGAGGGAAUGGCCUCUUCUGGAAGGCGUGUUAGGAAAAGGAGUUUGGAAGAGUGUAACGGUAGUACUUCUAGAAAUCAAAGAACUAAGAAAUCCAAAGGAAGCUCGAAAUCAGCAAAAAGGAAAUCUUCCAAAGCUAAGACAUCAAGACCCCAGAGAACUGCUGCACAUAAUGCUCGUAAUAUGUUCUCUCAAAUUGGCGAAACAUCUACGGAUGAGGAAGAUAAUGAUUCUGAAGAUGAAUCAUCAGACGGUUUGCACGAUUCAGAAAAUCUCAGUGAACCUGAGAGAAAAAUCCUUAUUAAGUGUGAAGAACUUGAAAAACCCUUAUUGGAAGAGUCUGCCAAUGCAUCCAAGCCACCUCCAUAUUCUGAAUCUCAGGCAAAUCUUGAAAGUAGACCGAGACUGGUUCUUAAGUUUUCGCUUCGUGAUUCUAAGAAGAAUGCACCUGUAGAGGACCCAAAAUUUGCAUGUGAGAAUCAUGCUGAUAUGUUAUGUCAGUCUUCCAGAUCCCAACCCCCAGAAAGUGUUCAAAAGACUUCGCCAGAUGCAAGUUCUAUGGGCCCCGUUAUGUAUGGUAUGUCAGAUGCUACUAAGGCUAAACUUUUGGAAAGUCACAAUAGAAAUGAAAAUGUUGAUAAAACAGAAGUUGAAAAUCCUAUCAAUAAUCCGGAUACAUCCAUAUGUCUUGAGGGGAGCACAGAUCAGAGCAGACAAAGGAGAAGACACACAUAUGAUACUGAAGUUAACGGCCAUCUUGAAUUCAAUGCCAAUGGGAAAUCAGAACACAUGACCAGCAAGUUAGAGGCUGACAGUAGCAUGGUUAAUAAAGAGCAUGUUUCAUCGCUGGAAUCUUGGGGGCUUGACAACCAUCAACCAAUUGUCGAUGGUUCCAUAGCAUCUGGUUAUGAUAAGUUCAAUGGUUGUGAUAAAGGCCGGUCUAGAUCUGAUAAAUGCACUGAGGACUCACAUGAAGUUGUUCACUCAAGCCACUCUCAAGACCUCAAAAUGAAAGGACCUGUUAAACCAACAAAAAUAAUUAUUAAAAAGAAACAGCCUCCAGAAGACAUUGAAAGUUCUUGCAAAAUGAAAUUUGGUAGUUCCAAGGCAGAUUCAAUUGGUGCUAAAAGUGAUGUAAUUUCUGGAAAUCCCUCUUUUUCAGGGCCUUCUCGAGUAACAGAAGCACUAGAAGGGGAAGAUGAUUGUUCUUAUCAGAGAAGUUAUAAUCACAACCAUGAAAGGAAUAAAUCAUAUAAAAGGGAACCCGGUCCUAAUGGUUUUGGUUUUGAUCUGGAAGAAAAUGCUUCGAUAUUCAGCAAUCAGCAUGGCUUAGGAUUUGAUUUAUCUAAUGCUGCCAGCGAUCCAGUUCGUCGAACGCGUUCAGUUAGGAUGAAAACAACUUCCGAGGAGCCAAAUGCUAUGAACACCAGGUUUAAAGUUCGAGUGGGACAAAGUUCAAGGGGCACAUCCAGUCGGGACGAUUCUUCUAUCGAAGUAUUUGAUCAACUUCACCAAAGAAAAAGGUCUGCUAGAAACAGGCCUGAUGAGUAUAUUGCCAAUGAUCUUAGUAUUUUAACUCGAAGUAUGCCAAAUCACCACGUUAAAAAGCUGUCAUGGCUAAUGCUGUCAGCGCAUGAGGAUUGUUACCAUUAUAUUCCUCAACUUGGUGAUGAAGUUGUAUACUUGAGACAGGGCCAUGAAGAGUACAUACAGUCAUAUGCGUUGUCUGAAUCAGGUCCAUGGAGAUUAUUUCAAGGACUAAGGGCUAUCGAAAUUUGCAAGGUUGAAGAGCUUGAGUAUGCGGAGCUCCCAGGUUCUGGGGAUAGCUGUUGCAAACUCAAACUUAAAUUUGUGGAUCCUUCAUCAUAUGCAUGUGGAAAAUCGUUCAAACUAACUUUACCCGAUUUGAUCAACUUCACCGAUUUUGUUGUUGAGAAAACAUUGUAUGAUGCUGCCAUGAACAGGAAUUGGUCCUCCCAAGAGAAAUGCACAGUAUGGUGGAGGAAUGAAGACGGGAAAGGUGGAAGUUGGUGGGAUGGUCAAGUCGUUGCAGUGAAGGCCAAAUCUGAUGAAUUCCCUGACAGUCCUUGGGAUAGGUUUCAGGUCCAGUACGAUACUGAUCCAACAGAAGAUCAUCGGCAUAGUCCUUGGGAACUAAACGAUCCCGAGAUUCCAUGGGAACACCCCCACAUUGAUCAUGAGAUCAGAGAUAAGCUGCUGUAUUAUUUCACUAGAUUAGACCACAAGGAUAAGUAUGACAUUCAGGCACUGAACCGAGUAGCUGAGAAGUUGGAGUUUUCAAACAGGUUUCCCGUUCCAUUUUAUCCUGAACUGAUUCAGUUAAGGUUAAAAAAUGACUACUAUCGGAAUGCGGAAGGUGUCAAGCAUGAUAUAAUGGUAAUGCUAUCAAAUGCUGAAGAGUUCUGUACAGUUACAAAAAAUUUUAUGCUGCUGGGCAAGGUCAAGAGAAUAUCAGAAUGGCUUAGAAGAAAACUUGAAAGGAUAGUAUAGAAUGCCCAAAAUGGGUUUAUAUAGGUUUCUUCUAACAUUGGUUUCCAUUCUUUUAUCAAAUUUUGAAGAAUUAAUUGGUCUUUAUGCAAUGAUUUUGUAGAAUGCAUAAGGCCAUAAGUGGAGGUGGUAAAUAUCAGUUAUUACCUGUGUAUAUAUAUUAUUAUAUAUGCGGAUCAUCCUUUUAAAUGCCACUAAGUGUUGUACUCUUACUUGGCUAAUCUAAAUAUAAACGGUGAUUUCAAAUAUGUA